ACACAUGUUUGUAAAUGCCCUCCAGUCUUCAGCCCUGCCCGCCCCAGACUACGGUAUUGUACCAUUCGUAAAGUUGAACUGGUUCGGCGAUCGGGUGAUGGAUCUCUUUGUACUAUGCCGUAGGUACCUAGUAUGUAGGUACCUAGGUACCUAACGAUCGGGUUACAAGGGUUGGACAGUUGGACUGGUUAGAGAGGGGUUGACGUCAGAUUACACAGAGCUUCAAGCUUGAUUUUCUCGGCGGCCUAGAUUUUUCUUACCUAGUUGCAGUUGCCCCGCUUGGCUGCGACGCAACAGCAACGUACAUGUAAUAUGUAGGUAAGUACAUACAUAGUAGGUAUGUAUCAUCUGCGCCUAACUUUCUUUCGCCUCCUGUCCUUCCCUCCCUCUUACUCUCUCUCCCCCCCUCUCCCCGCAUAUUUUUAAUCCUUUACUACUACUAAUUAUCUCUAUUCCGAACCUUAACAUCUUUCGAUUCAGUUCGUCGUCUUUAGAGUUUUGUCCAUCUUAUUUCCUACAUAGAUUAUAGAUCAACUAUAUCACAGACCUGCGCACUAUUGAAAGCUAAAGCAAUGUCCACAUACGACCCUUAUGACGCCCCACCACGGGAAUAUUCCCGACGUCAUUACCGUGAAGACCGCCGGGAAAGGCACAGUCCUCGUUACGCCGAGACACAGGAAACCUACUACAGAGUAAACCCCUCUAGUAAGACUGCGCUUGUUCCUCGCGCCAGAGAAGAUACCGAUCAACUCUCUGUCGAAGAAGUCCACCGAGAUUUCCCUCCUCCCGGCUACUCCCGCGAUGUCCGUAGGACCCGAUCAGCCGAACCGGGCUACGAUGAUUACUACUAUGAAUCUCAUCGCUCCCAUGACCGUCCUCGUAGGAAGCCUGGCAGUGUCUACUACGAGGAGGAGGAGAAGACUCGCAAGCGUGUACUUUCCCAGCAAGAAAAGAUCAUCGCUGCUGUCGCCGGUGGCCUUCUAGCCGCUGGCGCUAAGGAGCUCUGGGAUCGCCGCGAGGCUGACAAGGAAGGAGCUGAUGUCCACCGUAACAUGGCCGCCUCCGCAGCUCUCGGCGCUGCUGGCGCACUUGCCGGUUACCAAGGCGCUGAACUCUACAGCAAGCACUCCAACAAGGAGGACAAGAAGUCAACUUAUAUUGUCCACAAGGGCCGAGACGGCCGUGUUGUUGAGUAUUAUUCUGAUGAAGAGGAGGAGGACCCCAAGAGUCGCAAGGGAAACAAGUCUUUCCUUGAGAAUGCACUGGCUGCCGCAGGUCUCGGGGGCGCUAUCAAAGCUCUGACCGGCGCCGGUUCUGACAAAGACUCGAGAAGUCGACACGGAAGCCGCCGCGGUAGCCCAGACUCGUACAGAUCACGAGAUAGCAAGAAAAGCUCGCGCGACACUCCUGCGACUAGGAUGCAAAAGGCCGCAAAGGCCUCGCUAGUCGCUGGCGCUGCAGAAGCUUUCCGAGUUGCUAAGGAGCCGGGUGACUGGAAGGGAGAGAAAAUGAAGCGGGUCCUUACCGCUGCUGCUGGCGCUGCCACCAUUGAUGCUGCCCACGACCCUUCCAAGGACAGCAGACGUCAUCUUAUGGAGGCUGUUAUCGGUGGUCUUCUUGGUAACCGCAUGUUGAACGGUUCCAGGAAAGAUAUCGAAGAAGACAGGCAGACAGGCCGGAGCAGAUCUCGCUCCCGUGCUCGCUCCGAGAGCCACGGGAGAGGCGGACUCGCAGCAUUGGCCACAGCUGGCUUAGGCGCUUUAGGCGCUAAGAAACUUGUCGACAACAGAAGCCGAUCCAGGUCCCGCCGAGGUAGCGUCGACUCGUAUGAUAGUCGAAGCCCAUCCCCACGAAGACGUCGCAGCCGUAGCCGCAGCAUAGUCGACGGGGCCCGGCGUAGUCUUGCCAAGCUUGGUCUGGGUAACACCCCUGAUGACCAAGAGAGUAGAGAUAGUCGAGACGAUGACUACGAUGACAAGUCCCGUCGCCGUCGCCGUCACCGAAGUCCAUCAAAUGACCGCUCCGAUGAUGAUGAUUACAAGUCACGCAGCUACAUGAGAGGUGGUCGAGGUCCAGCAAAUGAUGAUGGAUAUGAUGAUUAUGAUGAGGAGGAAAGGUCUGUGGGUGGAAGACCUCGCAGCUCAUCGCGUUCACGUGGAGGUAGGUCUAGUUCCGCUUCUAGUAGCGAUCUUGGAGAUUCAGAUGAAGAUAAGAAAUUGACGUCGAAAAUGCGACGUAAACAACUUAUCACUACGGGGUUAGCAGCUGUUGCUACCAUUCACGCUGCCAACAAUGUGUAUGGUAGCAUGGGGCAGCGCGACGCAAGGCACAGGGCAGUCAAGGAAGGCAAAUUAAGUCCGGAGGAGGCUAAGAAGCUUAAGACUAAGGCGCUACUACAAGAUGCCGCUUCGGUAGGCAUCGCGGCACUAGGUGUCAAGGGCGCCCUCUCGGAACUCAAGGAGGCCCGAGAGCAAGCCAAAGAAGUUAGUGAAUGGAAAGAGGAGAAGCAGAGACGUCACGAGAGACGUUUGGAGCGGAUCCGCAAAGCAAAUUCCAGCGAUGGUGGCAGGUCACGGGCUGACAAUUGGUCUUCUUCAGCACCAGCAAGAGAAAGUCGGUAUGAUGAGGGACCUCAUUACACGGAUGGGAACCCCUAUUCUGCCGCCUUACCUGCGCCUCCUGUAGGCUACGAAAGGAGGUGAUGAAUAGGGACACACCCUGCCUGCACCACCUAAUGCAUGAUGGGUCCCUUCUCUCCGGUUCUCUCACCAAUUUCACCUAAACUAUCUGUAUGGUUGUAUGGUUUGCAGCAUACACGUCUGCUUAAAUUCUUUCGUUACGACUUCACGAUCUGUCAUGAUAUAUGAUGAUUUUGGAUGACGAAAAGGAAGAGUGGCACGUAAAAAGAUGGCGUCUUGCAAUAUAGCUUGGAAAUUUGUCUACCUUUGAUGAGCUAUGCCAUGCCUUGCCAUUGCCUUGCUCCCGUGGUGGUUUUUGAGAUAGAAAGAAAAAGACAGCAAAAUCUCACGUUUACGCUCGUCCCAUUCCUUUUCUUGGUUCCUUUUCUGUUUUUUUUUUUUAUCUUCUAAUCUUCAUCUGAAUCUCCUACGAUACGCAGAAUUUUUAUAUGAUUUAUUGAGUUAAAAUUGGAGCUUGUUCACUGAUUUUGUGUGGUUUGUGACAGAUGGGCAUCGGCGCCGCCGCCACCACGACCAUUAA